CUGUUAGACAUCAAAACCAGUUCUCGCAUUAGUCGUUCGCUGGCCACGGUGAAAUACAGUUCCCAAAAUAAUGGGGCUACUGAAUACGGUGAUUUAUCUGGUGCUGCCUGCCGUGUGGCUGCUGUACAUCUACUUCCGCAGAAAGUAUUCGUACUGGGCUGACAGAAAUGUCCCUCACGCGCCUGGAUCGUUGCCCUUGGGAACGUUCAACGGAAUGGGGACCAAGUACCAUUUUACCGAAAUUAUGCAACAAGUGUACGAUCAGUACCACAAAGCUCACAAAGCAGUUGGAAUGUAUCUAUCGGUGAAGCCGAUUUUGUUCGUGACCGAUUUGGAUUUGAUCAAGAAAAUCCUGGUGAAAGACUUUAACAGCUUCCGUGACCGGGGAAUGUAUUAUAACGAAAAAGACGAUCCCCUGUCGGCGCACUUAUUCUCGAUCGAAGGUGAGAGAUGGCGUUUUUUGCGAAACAAACUGAGCCCAACAUUCACCUCUGGUAAGAUCAAAUACAUGUUCCUGACUAUGUGCGAAAUUGGUGAUGAGUUGUUGGCGUGCUUCGAAAAGUAUGUGGGUCGCGAGGACCCAGUCGAUAUUAAGCCACUGGCUCAACGGUUUACUAGUGACGUGAUUUCUUCUGUGGCUUUCGGGUUCAAAUCAAAUGCGUUGCAAAACGAGGGCUCCGAGUUGCUGCAGAAAGGAGAUAAGGUUUUCAAGCCUGGACGUUUGGAAACUAUUCGCAUGUUUGCCUUGCUGAGCUAUCGUAGCCUAGCUAAGAAAUUAGGCAUGCGACAGCUUCCCAAAGACUCGACGGAUUACUUUAUGAACGUCAUCACGAGCACGGUAGACCAUCGAGAGAAAAAUAAUGUGAUGCGACAGGAUUUUCUGCAACUGCUGUUACAGUUGAAGAACAAGGGAACGGUCGAAGAACACGAGGAGGAAUCGAAGGAGAAAAUAACAAUGGAUGAAUUGGCUGCCCAAGCUUUCCUAUUCUUCGUAGCAGGGUUCGAAACUACUUCGUCGGCUGUAUCGUUUGCGCUUUUUGAAUUGGCUAACAACCCAGACGUUCAGGAAAAGACUCGGCAGGAAGUCAAACGAGUUCUCGCAAACCACGGCGGACAUAUAACAUAUGACGCACUAAAGGACAUGACCUAUCUGGAACAGGUCGUCAAUGAAACCCUUCGAAAGCAUCCUCCUGUAGGCAAUCUGAUUCGUUUGGCAAAUGAACCAUACAAACUGGAUUGCCUCAAUACCACACUCGAACCGGACAUCAUGAUAAUGAUCCCAGUACAUUCAAUCCACCAUGAUCCAGAAUACUAUCCGAAUCCGUCCCAAUUCGAUCCGGAUCGUUUCACGCCGGAAGCGGUCAGCGCCCGCCACUCGCACACUUUCAUCCCGUUCGGAGAUGGACCGCGGAACUGCAUCGGAAUGCGAUUCGCCCUGGUCGAGGUCAAGUUCGGCAUCGCUCAGUUGCUGAGCAAAUUGCGUUUCACGGUCAACGAGAAGACGCAGCUCCCGGUGCGGUACGAUGUCAAGGCGCAGAUGGCCGAUGUGAAGGGUGGCAUCUGGUUGAAUGUGGAACGGGUUUAGUGGAUUGCGUCAUUUGCGCGAGACCACAGAAUGAGAAGAGCCGAUUUGUCAAUAUCGGAGAAGCGAACGUGAUUAAAUAUUUGGGCGCAUCGACGUGAACUGGGAAGAGCUGUUGGUUCACUGUUUAGCGCACCAUGUGGUGAUGAUAUAGUGUAUUGAUUUUAAAACUCAUGGCUAGAAGGGGUUCUAACUUAUAGAAAUAAUGCGCAGAACACUUUGAGUAGGAUAGUUUUUUUUGUAGAAGGAAAACACUCAUAACAUCUGAUGUUCGUUGUAAGUUUUAAACAUUAUUUAGUCAAAUUUCUUCACAUUAAUAAAAAAAGCAUCUGAUGACUUCUUGAUUCUUAUUCAAUUCAAUCAGUGAUUUGGUCCAACAAAUUUGAUCUACAGAAGCCAGUUGAUUAUUCAAUGAAGCAGUUGUGCAAACUACUGUACUGCCACAGUACACAUACAACAUAAGCAACACAGGUGGCAGACUAUACAGUAGGGCAGUUCACAUUUCAAAAAUGUUCGAAAAUUCCAACUCCCACAUGUCUAUUAGCAU